UGAUUCAAUGAAUUGGAAUCUUCUCACUCUCUCAGUCAUAUUUAAUUUCCUCUUUCACCAAUUAUUCCGGAAAUAGGCUUGGUUCAUCUUCUCAUCAUCUCCUUUGUCCCAUCAAUUUGCUCCACUGUUGAUUUAUGUUCCUUGUUAAUUAAUUGUAGUUAAACAUUCACCAAGUAAACAAUCAACUGGUUCUCAUCUCAUAGUCUCCAUUUUCUUGCCUUAAUUUUAUUCUUUUCACUCUAAAUUCUCAUCGGUCAAAUUGAACCAAAAUUCUCACUUGAUGAUUAGUUAAUUUGAUUCUUGAUUCUUCAAUUCCUAUGGUUCCUUAAUCUUUGGUGUUGAUAGAAAUUCAGUUUUCAAUGUUCAUCGGGACUCUGGUGAUUUCCAAUGCGUUGGUGUGUUGAGGCUGAAAUAUUGACCAAAAGAGAAGAAGAUAAGUGAGAAAGAGAAACAAUUGAAUUGUGGGCCAUUGGAAGAUAAAAGAGAGAGAGAGAGAGAAAUGAAGAAAGCAAAUGUUUAAAGGAAAGAAAAAAAGUAAGAAGAGAAAGAGGAAGAUGAUUGAUGAGAGAGAAACGACCAGACCAAGAAGAUUAGCCUCUGAGAGAGCGAAGGCUUAUUUCUUGAGCGAUGCUUCAAUUUCAAAGCAAUUGGAAAAGGAGGAAAGAGAUCUAAGGAAAGCUCUAAAAGUCUCUCGAAUGGAAGCUUUGAGAGCCCGAAAGAAUGGCAAUGAGAGCAAGAGUGUAAAUUGUUCAUCGUCUUCUUCAUCAACCACAUCUACCUCAUCAUCUAAAUCAUCCUCAUCUUCUUCAUCUUCAUCACCCACAUCUCCUCUUUUAUCUCUACCAACUACACCAAAAACCACUACCAAAGGAACAAGAACUGCCUCUGUAAACCAAAAGCUCCAAAGGAAAAUGGGUAAACCUAAACCAAUGGAAAUAUCAACAAAAAACAUCAAAGGUUCUGGUAAAACUAUGAACCAGGUUAAGCCCAUUGACGAUGAUGAAAAACCAAAGUCUCCAAAAUGGAUUAUCCGAACCCGAAGUCAAAAUCCGAAUAAUAACAAUAAUUCCAACUGCCAGCUUGUGAAUUACUCAUUGGAUUCUACGGAUAAAGAAAUGUUUAAUUGUGAUAAACAAAAAGCAACAACAACAACAACAAUAACAAAUCAAUUAAAUGGCAAAACGAUUGAUCCAAUACAAUCUAAUGGUACAACCAAAGGUAUUUUACCUUCACCUUUGAUACCAUGUGCCAAUUUACCUUCAGGCAAAGAUAAUGGUCUCAUUGGUUUAAUUCCUACAGUUAAUGGUGAAAAUUGUGAUAAACCUCGACCCAGGAUCAUGGCACAGAGGAAAUUUGCAUCUAUUACAUAUAAUUGUAAUACUUACCUUAAACCUCGUGAUUCCGAUUUAUCUCCAAUUAAGGAAUUGUUCACCAAACAUAAACCAUCGGCAGAAGAUUUUCUAACUUUCCUGUGUUUCAAACGAACUGAUUUACUGCCACCUCAUCUUGAUUUCUAUUCUCUUAACAAUAUUACCUCUUCUUCUUCUUCUGAUGGUUCUAAUGUACCAUCUAAUGGUAUUAAUACUACAAUUACCAACGAUAAAACUGCCAACGGGAUAAAUCCCGUAAAUUUAUCCGAUAACAAAUCCACCGUUAAACAGCCAUCAAACACUAGCAACAAUUCAUCUACCUCUGCAAUUAAAACAAAUUCUAGAAAUAUAACAAAUGGUAAAGUUCAACAAAGUUGCCGAAAACGAGCUAUGAAUUUUAUAAUUCGAAAAAGUGUCGAUAAUCGGAAGAAAGAACCUGAUCUGGUGCAUGCGAAUCAAAUGAAUCGUAAAAAUUGUAUAAAAUCAAGUAACAAAAACAAUUCCGAUUGUGGAACAUUGAAAACCAAUCAAAGGACAAAUAGGACAAACACUUCAGGUCGACCAUGUAAAUCACCAAAAAAGUCAACAUCAAGAAGUGAUGAAAAUGAAGUUAAAAGAUCACCUUUGAAAAAGCCCCCGAAGGCAUCGUCCUCAUCCCGCCACAAAUCUCAUACCGAAGUCAAAUUCACUACCUUCAAGGAAAAGAUAAAUACUAAUCCAAAGGUUGAUCAGAAGACAAUUAAUCCAAUUAUAAAUGGGAAAGUAUCCAAAAAAUCUCAACCUAAACUGUCUAAUCUCAAUCCCGAUACAAGAGACAGAAAAAAGGUCGAGAGAAAAGUUAAUUGUGAUCGUAUUCUUCGGUCAAAUCGUGCAUCUAGUUCAACAUCGAGUACUGAACCAUGUUUGAUCGUGGAAACACCUCAAGAAGUAUUAACAAAUGGAAAGCGUUCUAAUAUAAAAGCAGAAAAAUUGGAUUUAACAACAAUUAUGAUCAAUAGUAAACCUGAGAAAAGUGCAAUAAAUGGAAACCCUGUUGAUAAAUUAGAUAGAAAAAGAAAAUGCAAUGUUGCCGAUAUUAUCGUUGUGGAUAAUGUUAAAAAACGCCGAACAACAACUGCCCCACAAUCAACAGUAUCCACCAAUUGUGAGUCACGUCGACCCAAGAAAAGCGGAACAAUCGAAUCAUCACCUGAGACAAUAACAUCGAUCUCCGAACAAUUGAGAAAAGACUCGACCACCAAGUCCGUUGGCCACAAUCGAAUUGAGACCAGAAGUCACGCGAAAAGAUGAGAGACAAAUAAAAUUUAUGGAACAUCAAAAUUGGACAUUGUUUUUAUCCUUCUCACUUCUCGAAAAAAGGACUUUAUUCUCAAAGUUAAAUUUAUUUGUUUGCCUCUUUUUUUAUAUUUUUAUAUUUAUAAUCAACGAGCUUGAUCCAUAUGAACGCUGGUUCGUUAUAUCCUAUCUCUCUCUCUAUUUAUCAUCCCAUCUCCAUCCUUUCCCCGCAUCCUUGAGCACAAUUAACUUAUUGUUAUACAUUCAAUCAGCUCAGUCACUUUCCUCAUCAUCGUUUCUCAUCUCAAUUAAUUUUGAUUGAUUCAAAGGUUGCUCGACAUCAGACCUGUCAGAUUCAAAGAAAGUAAAUUGUGUUAGCAUUUAUCAAGAAAAAAGAGUAAAUUUUACAAUCACAAUAUACCAAGAGAAAAAUGAAUGAAAAUUAAUUCUCUUAUAAGAAA